UUAUCAUGUUGUCUACCCAGCUCCACUGUUUAGACUGUUUCACACCACCCUCUCCUUGCUGUCUCCAGUCUACAGUCUUGUUAUUAAAAAACCUAAAAAACCCUUGUUUGCUCAUUUGCAUCUGGGUCACAAUUCUUGCAGAACCCUGACAUCCACUGGGCAGCAGUUUCCAUCAUUUUUUUUAUAAUGUUUACAUGACAUUUUAGCUUUUUGUUUUCUUUUAUAUCAUUGACAUCAAAUAUUAAUAUUGACAUAAUUGCAUUCAUUAUGAGGGAGAAGUUUAUUUUUAACACAAAGUAAACAUUAAUACAUGACCAUGUAGGGAUAAUUAAUGGCUGAAAAAAGUAUUAAUAUGUGUAAGAGAUGUCUGAUGUCACAUGGCCCAUUGGUGUAUUUGUAGAUUAUCUGGCUGUAUGGUGACAGAAGAAGGCUGUGGUUAUGUGUCUUCAGCUCUGAGUUCAAACCCCUCAUGUCUGAGAGAACUGGAUCUGAGCUACAAUCACCCAAGAGAUUCAGGAGUCAAGCUUCUCUUUGAAAAACUGGAGGACUCAAACUGCUCAUUGGACAAGCUGAAUGUGGAUCAUGGAGGAGAAUCCAGGAUUACAGCAGGACUAAAGAAAUAUGCCUGUUUUCUCACACUGGAUCCAAAUACAGCAAAUACUCAUCUCAUUCUGUCUGAGGAGAACAGAGAGGUGACACAUGUGAGAGAGAAACAGUCGUAUCCUGAUCAUCCAGACAGAUUUGAUGAUGUGCGUCAGGUGUUGUGUAGAAAGAGUGUGUGUGGACGCUGUUACUGGGAGAUUGAGUGGAGUGGAGAUGUGGAUAUAUCAGUAUCAUAUAAGAAUAUCAGCAGGAAGGGAGCGGGUGAUGAGUGUGUGUUUGGACAUAAUUAUCAGUCCUGGAGUUUGAUCUGCUCUCCCUUCAGUUAUUCAUUCAGACACAAUAACAAACACACUGAUCUCCCUGUGAAGCCCACCAGCAGUAGAAUAGGAGUGUAUGUGGAUCACAGUGCAGGAACUCUGUCCUUCUACAGCGUCUCUGACACAGUGAGCCUCAUCCACACAGUCCAGACCACAUUCACUCAGACACUGUAUCCUGGGUUUAGGGUUUAUUAUGAAACAUCAGUGAAACUGUGUUGA